AUGGAGACUACCUUGAUAGUCAAGCAAACGGGCCGCGCAGCGCUCCCACCCCUGCCCGCCCGGGACCCACCGGAGCCGCGGCGGGGCCCAGCACGGCCUCCGCCGCCACACGCGGGAGCUCGGGGCACUUGCUCCCCCCGCCCCGCCCAGCGCUUACCGCGUACAGGGACGGACAGGGACGGACAGGGACGGGGCACAGAGGGGCACGGAGCGGGACCGCGGGCGCUGCCCAGGCCCGGCCCUUCCGCUACGGCCGCUGCGCCCCGCGUGCGCUCCUGGGCGCCGCCAUUGCCGCGUGACGUCACCGGCGCGCGGCGUCACUGCGCGGCGCCGGCCGGGCCCGAUCCCGAUCCCGAUCCCGAUCCCGAUCCCGAUCCCGAUCCCGAUCCCGAGGGAAGGCGGGAGCGGCCGCGGGAAUCCCGCCUGGAAUCCCGCCUGGAGUCCGCGCUGCGGCCGCCCGGUGUCAGCGGCGCUGCUCGUGCAGCCCCAGACAUCUGCUGUUCGCCCUUGUUCGGGUGUUGGAGUGGUGCCGCCUUUACGGGCAGAGCUACGUGUGGCACACGGCUCCAGGGAAGGAGCGAGCGCCGCCGGGGUCACGGCACGGGUUCUUUUUUCCUCUUGUGUGAUCCGUGCCUUUCGCAGCCGUGUCCUACCGAUGGAAAAGGACGGCAUAAAUUAAAAUGGGAGGUUUUUGUUUCUUCUGAAAGGUUUGCCUUGACACGGAGAUUUCCUGAAGAACCACUGUUCAUGGCUACAUUUUUACUUGGAGUACAAAUAGAAUAAAAACAACCUUGUUUUGUAAGGCUAAGGGAUUAGAUUUAACAUCAAAAUUGCAUUUUUAAGAGUCUGGUGGACUGUAAAAACCAAUUCCAGUCAGAGGUCGCUCAUUUGGAAAUGGUGAGUGACAGCUGCUGCAGCUUUGGCUGUCUCUCACUGGCGGUAAACAGACAAAAUUCUGAAUUGAACUCCUGCACAGUUCAGGUGCUGAGUCCUGAGCAGAAUUGUAAUUACACAGUGCAUAACCUACAUUGUGUACAUUAUAAAGUGGUAUUUAUUUUUCUUUGGACUAUUAAAUUAGAGAAAAUGGGAAAUUAAGAAUGAUUUUGUUUUUAUGGUUUUUUUUCCCCAACAUAAUUAAAAAAUACUUUGCUGAAUUUUUCCUUCUUUUUUUGGUUUGGCUAUUGCGUGAAAAAUUCUGGCUCUUAAUCAAGAGCACGCAUGUUUUGCCUGAAAGCUUUUCUUGGCAUGUCUUUAUCCCCCAAACCAGUUCCUCCAUAUUUCAGCUGAUUCAGGCAUUGCAAUACAUUCUGAGACCUCGCAAGUUUUCAAUUUCUCUCUGAAUAGUUUAAUUUAGAGGUAGAUUCUUUUGGUACGUGUAACAGGUAUGGUGAGAAACACAACUUUUUCAGAGUAGUUUCUAGAAGGCAGACACCUCACUGCUGGGUAGCAAAGGAGAACUGUGCAUCUGUCCAACCUGACAAAUCACCCCAGAAUCCUUAGAUAGAGUCAGAGUACCCGAAGGUACAAAAUCCUUCUAUGUAUGUUGUCUUUCUGAAGGCAUGAAUAACUCUCUCUUCUUCCACCAGGUAUGGGUGCCACUUUCCCAGGUGCUCUGCAGUUGUCUUCCUCAAGGAAGGAUUAUUUGAAAUCAGCCUGGUACUAUCUAUCCAAGGUCACAUAGCCCCUGUGUUAAAAUGAAGGCUCCAACUCACUCUGGAUUUCACUAAAGCAGCAUGAAAUAGCUCUUGAUUCUAAUACAAUAGCUAUGACAAGGUUGGAGUGAAGCUGAGAGUAGAGUUUCAUUUGAGAGAAGAGAGGAGAGGAAAAGGGAGGAGCUGAAAGCAGCAGCAGUGGAAGGGAAGUCAUACGUGACUUUAAUCACAGAUGAGAAUGAGAGACCACUUGUCUGCAGGUUUACUGUCAGAGGGGAUUCAUUUUUAUGUAUGUGGGUUUGGAACAAAAUACGAAAGCUUUAUUCUUUAUGUCAAAUGUAUGGGUCAAAAUGAGAUAUGUUUCUAUUUAAUUCCUUCUGUGUUC